AUGGCGUCGUGUUUUGAGUUGCACGAAAAAUGUGGAAGUGGAAUUAUUUUUAGCAAUCGCAGACGAAGGGCAGCUCGAACGAAGCCAGAAUCGGAAUUCGACAAUGCUUUGGUAUUCAGCAAAACAGUACUACCAGAAAAAACGCUAUUCGAAGUCGUAAUUGAGAAGAAAAUGACUCUAUGGUCGGGGUCUUUGGCAAUAGGAGUGACGAAAUGCGAUCCUAGUGACUUUGACCCGAUUCCUGCUAGCAUAUCUCAUUUGCGAAAUGGGACUUGGGUGCUAGCUGGGAGCAGUGUAUUGAAAGAUGGGUUAUCUAUACGUGAUGAUUAUAUGGGAAAUCUGGAGGAGCUGGGAAUCGGGGAUAGGGUAGGGGUUAUGUUAUUGGAGGGUGGGGAAUUACAUUUUUUCGUCAAUGGUAAAGAUAUGGGGUGUGCUGCCAAAGAUGUACCCAAGCAGGUUUACGUUGUGCUUGAUGUUUAUGGACGAUGUUCUGAGGUUAAACUUUACUCUGGAGAUAUUGAGGAUGACAGUACAGAUGCUGUGACUAAUGGUAUGUCGAAUCAAUCAAUGUCUGUAUUAGGCAUGUGUCAGAUUGUGAUGCUGGUAUUGGAUAUCUGGUAA